CUGCGAAGCUGCAGACCCCUAGCCUCGCCCGGAUCAAGGAACAAGAUCGAUGGCUCGCGCGACAUCAUCGGUCUUGUCCUCCGCUCUUGCUCCUGUCCCUGAACUCAGCCACCGGAGCAACCAUCUGCAAGGCCGCUCUGGUCUUCUCGAAGGAAAAAGAAAAUAAAAAAUAGGCGGCCCGCCCGUCUCCUUGGCUGCCCUUUUUGAGCCCAAUUGCUUACGGGCAGGCGCACUCCCUCGAGGCCUCGCGCAAUCUCCAUGACGCUCUACCACGACGACAAGAAGGACGAUCUCGAAGCGCACGCACAUCGUACGCCACCGCAGAGCCGAAGCAGCAUGAUGCGAACGUCUGCAUCCCUCCUGGUCGGCAGCCUCGCCGCGGCCCUGCUCCUCUUCGUUGUGGGCGGCUCAGCCUCGCCCUUCUACCCGCCCCACCACCAUCUGGAUCCUAGGACACCCACGAGUCGGGCCAUUCACCCCGUCGACAAUUUCACGGCGCCGGCCCGGUUCCCCAAAGAUGCAUUCGAGGGCUUCUACAGCUACCCAAAAGCUUUUGAGACCGAGCCAAGGCCCAAGGUCAUCGAUGCCAAGACCGGAAAGCCAUUCCCAGACCUUCUUGCAGGGCCCAUCUUACCGAACCUGCCUCCUGCGUCAGACGCCGUUUUCCCCAAGCCUGGACCGGGAAGUAAGAACGCGCCCGAGGACCUCGCUGCGCAGAUCCAAAAGAACAUCACGGCCAUCAUCGCAGAUGCCUCGCUGUCCAACUGCUCAAAGUGCAUCAACUCGCUCAAGCUCGGCCAGCAGCUCGCCGCGCUCAAGCCAAGGGACGUGCCUGGCGUAUUGCAGAAUCUGUGCAAGCAAUUCAAGUACAGCCCUGCCACGACGGCCGUCAAUGCAACCGAGAACUGCAACCGCGUGUAUGCGCCUCAGACCCUCGGCGCCAUGUAUGCUCAGGUGCUCCGCUACGCCGACUUGGAGGGAGACAUGCCCUCAGACGGGCAGUACAUCUGCAGCUAUGUCUACAAGAACAAAGCCUGCCCUACCCCAGCUCCCCUGACGCUCGAUCAGAACUUCCUCAAUGGCUGGUUUGGCUCCAAGAGCAAGCGAGACGAAAUCGUAAAGCGAGAAGCUCUCGUCCAUGAAGACGAGGCGCACAAGAGAACCGGAGAAGCCUGGCUGGACAAGCGGGGCAACAAGAAGAUGUUCCGCGUCGCUCACCUGUCGGACAUCCACGUCGACCCCAGGUUCCUCGUGGGCGCCGAGGCAGGGUGCACAACCGGCCAGUGCUGCCGUGCCGAUUCGUUCAACUCGACCCUGGCCUCUGGCCCUCCCAUGCCCCAGGGCACUCUACCCAACCCGGCAAACCGCAGCCAAGAGGCCUACUACUGGGGCAACUACAAGUGCGAUGCGCCCUGGUCUCUGGCCAUGAGUGCCCUCCAGAGCGUCACGCCCCUCAACGGAGAGCGCGAGGUCGACAUGUCCCUCUACACGGGCGACAUGGUCGUGCACGAUGCACCAUUCCACAUCAGUGAUGACCUUGUCCGGUACACGCAGCAAUCAAUCUUUGACAGCAUGAAGCGAUACUUUGGCAAGGGACCCGUCUUCUCCGCCAUUGGCAACCACGACACGGCGCCUUCGGACAGCUCCGCACCGAGAGACUUGCCGCCCGAGGCCGUCAAUGCCUUUUCGUACGACUGGGAGAACCUGCAGCGGCUGUUUGUCGCCGAGGGUUGGUUCACACACAAAGAGGCCAAGCAGGUGGCGACACACUACGGCGGCUACUCUGUCAGCCCCAGAAAGGGCCUGAGGAUCAUCACGGUCAACAGCGACUUUUGGUACAAGUCAAACGUGUACAAUUUCAUCAACACGACAAACCCAGAUGCCUCGGGCAUGCUUCGUUGGCUCACUGACGAGCUCAUCCAGAGCGAGGCGCGCGGUGAGCGUGUCUGGAUCGUGGGGCACGUCCUGACGGGCUGGGACGGAACGAAUCCCCUGGCCAACCCGACGAAUCUCUUCUACCAGAUCGUCGACCACUUUAGCCCAAAGACAAUUGCCCACAUCUUCCUGGGACACACACACGAGGACCAGUUCAACGUCUUUUACGCCAACAAUGCCUCGUCAAAGGCCACCGUCAACGCCAAGGCGGUCUCCUUCAUUGGACCGUCAGUGACGCCGCUGACCAACGUCAACCCUUCGAUCCGGUACUACACUGUAGACCCGGAGACAUACAGUGUCAUGGACAUUGAUCAGUACUACGCUCAAGCCCAGGGCUUCCCCGAGCUGCCCAAGGCCCAGCAGGGCCUCACCUGGCAGCAUCUCUACUCUGCCCGCUCCACCUACGGCAACUUCAGUGCCUCGGCUGCGGACGCCAAUGGCUUCGCUGGGCCCGUCAAGCUCGACGCAGGUGGAAUGUGGCCUGCUGCUGCUCCUCUCAACGCCACUUUCUGGUCACAGCUGACAUACGAAAUGGAAAAGAGGCCGGAGCUCAUGAAGACUUUCACCACGUACCAGGGCCGCAACAGCCCCAAGACAAAGCCCUGCAACGAUGAAUGUACGACGGCAAAGAUCUGCUACAUGCGCAGUGGCAGUGCGCCCAUUGGUCUGCAGUGCCCACAGGGAUUCGGCUCCGUGCAGUCGUAGUCGCUAUCUCUCCUCAUCAUGCCAAUCUAGUCCUCUCUCCACCCAGUGUCCUCUAUAAUCAGGCAAUACAAUAUCGUGCCCUGCCC